CUCACACAGGGUGGAGGCUGGGGGACCUCGGAGGUGCAGGCGGAGCUAGAGCCCAGGCCCUCCACAAGCAGGACGAGGCCUGCGACCCCCGCGGCUUCCCGGGGACCAGUGGUCACUGCCGGGUUCAUAUCAGCCAGACCUCGCUCCAAGCCCCAAGACAAUACGGUAAACGCAAAAAGGAGGCAGCCCGGCCAGGGGCGGAGACAGCCCCCAGACCCCACGGCUGCAGACCCUCCCCAGCGGGCUGCCCGCACCUUGCCAAGCAGCCGUCUCAGACCCUCGCAGUCGAACUCCAUCUCCAGCCAGUCCCGCGACCCCGGCCACCGGACCUUCUUCCGGAACGGCUGCAGGAUGGAACCCGCCGAGGACCAAACUUCCUAGCGCCCCAAGGCCCCGCCCUGUCCCGGACUCGAAAUGCGGCCCGAGGCUCAGCCGCGGCUCCCGCGCGGUCAGGCGGCCCCGGCAGCGCGAUCCCGGAGCGGGCGAGUGACGAGGGCGCGGCCAGCCCCCGCUUGCUGGGAGGAAACUGGGGAGAUCUGUGAGGAGAACAGGGAAGACCAGAGCAGAAGCAGCAAAGGAGGUAGAAGCAACACGCGCUAUAUUCUUGAAGAGAGUUGCUGGAAAGAUGGGUUACAUUCAGCGGAGUAUCAGAAAAGAUCAAGAUCGAAAAUUGUAGUUGGAUGUAGGAGGAAGGAGGACAGGGGUACCUGUGUAUUCAUGAUGGCCAAGAAAAGAGAACCAGUGGAGAGGAAGUGACCCAAAGUGUUGCAGAAUGUAAGUAUACAGUGGAGGUGAGAAAGCGUUUGAGAUGGGAGGGGAGGCCCUAUGUCUUGGCCCUAAGCUGGAGUAUCAGCUGUAUCCCCUAGUGCUGGUCACUCAGGCUUGCUAAACCCCAGUUUUCUCGUUAGUAAAAUGGGGUUAAUAAUAGUACCUAGCUCAUAGUGUUGCUGUAAGAUAAUGUAUAAAAAGAGCUUUGUUUGCUGCUCAGCUACUGGUCUGGAGGCAGAGUCUCUGGUGUUUUGUGAGUCUGGGCCACAUGAGCCAGUGAUGUCAUAAUGCCCUGGUAGACUCCAACUUCUCCACUAGGGAGUUGCGGAUCCUUGGGAACCAAGGACUCGAACUGACAUGCGAGACUUCUACCAACUGGGGGUUUCAUGAGCACACUCUUUUGCCAAGAUCUUGGUGAAUAGUCUCUCACUGUGCACUUAUAUCUUAGAAAUUGUUUUAUU